AUGUCCAAGCGAGGUGGCGGUAACGCCUCCGGUACCAAGUACAAGAUGUCCUACGGUCUUCCGGUCGGUGCCGUGGUGAACUGCGCGGAUAACACGGGGGCGAAGAACCUCUACAUGAUCGCCGUCAAGCGCUGGGGAUCUCGCCAGAACAGGUUGCCGGCGGCUAACCCCGGAAGCAUGGUCAUGGCCACGGUGAAGAAGGGCAAGCCCGAGCUCAGGAAGAAGGUCUUCCCGGCCAUCAUCGUUCGACAACGAAAGCCGAUCCGCAGAAAGGAAGGGUUGAUCAUUUACUUUGAGGACAAUGCGGGGGUUAUCACGAACCCGAAGGGCGAGUUGAAGGGGAGCGCCAUCGCGGGGCCGGUCGCGAAGGAGUGCGCCGACUUGUGGCCGCGUGUCGCGAGCGCCGCGAGCUCCAUCGUCUAA